CCACCUCCGCCACCGCCGCCUCCGCCACCCCUCCUCCCUAGUAGCUGCUGCUUCGUUUCCCCUCAUUUCAGUAGCUUUCUGGACUCCUAGGAAGGACUGGCCGGGGUGCGCGCAGCUUUCCUUCUUCCCAUUCGGCUCUGGGCAGGAGUCUGUCCUCCCGCAGGACCCGGAGCAUCGGGACCCAGCGCUGCGCUCUCGGCUGCUCCGCGCGCCCUCACCGCCCGUGCCCGGUGCGCAGCUGGCCGCGCGUCCCGCCCCUCGGAGGGGUGUGCCCCGAGAGAGUUUAGAUAGGAGGUGCCUGCUGGGCACACCCGGCAGCCCACGGAGCUUCCUCUGCGGCGCACGCGGAGCGGCCAGGAUCUGCUCAGCCCCGGACGCGGGGGCCCCGGCCCUCCCGCCGCCUCCACGCCGCCCGCCAUGAAGCCGUCGUUCCUCCGCUGCCAAAACACCACCUCGGUGGAGAAGGGCUACUCCGCGACCAUGGGCUGGGUGCUCUUCAGCGCGGGCCUCCUGGGCAACCUGCUGGCCCUGGGGCUGCUGGCGCGCUCCGGGCUGUCGUCCUGCUCGCUGCGCUCGCCGCGCCCGCCGCCUUCGGUCUUCUACGUGCUGGUGUGCGGCCUGACCGUCACCGACCUGCUGGGCAAGUCCCUCUUGAGCCCCUUCGUGCUGGCGGCCUACGCGCAGAACCGGAGCCUGUGGGGGCUGGUGCCCCCGCCGGGCAGCUCUCUGUGCCAAGCCUUCGCCUUCUUCAUGUCCUUCUUCGGCCUCGCUUCGACGCUGCAGCUCCUGGCCAUGGCCCUGGAGUGCUGGCUCUCCCUGGGGCACCCCUUCUUCUACCGACGGCACAUCACCCCGCGCCGGGGCGCGCUGGUGGCGCCCGUGGUGGGCGCCUUCUGCCUGGCUUUCUGCGCGCUGCCCUUCGCGGGCUUCGGCAAGUUCGUGCAGUACUGCCCGGGCACCUGGUGCUUCAUCCAGAUGGGGCACGAGGAGCGCUCGCCGUCGGUGCUGGGCUACUCGGUGCUCUACGCCAGCCUCCUGGCGCUGCUGGUCCUCGCCAUCGUGCUGUGCAACCUGAGCGCCAUGCGCAGCCUCUACUCCAUGCACCGGCGGCUGCGGCGGCGCCGGCGUUCGCUCACCCGGGACCGCGUGGAGCCCGGCGCCGGCGAGAGGGUGGCGUCCCCGCCGCCCCUGGAGGAGCUGGAUCACCUCCUGCUGCUGGCCCUCAUGACCGUGCUCUUCACCUUGUGCUUCCUGCCUCUAAUUUAUCGUGCUUACUAUGGAGCAUUUAAAGCUGUCACCAAGAAAAACAGAACUUCUGAAGAAGCCGGAGACCUCAGUGCCUUGCGUUUUAUAUCUGUGAUCUCAAUUGUGGACCCUUGGAUUUUCAUCAUUUUCAGGACAUCAGCAUUUCGAAUGUUUUUUCACAAGAUUUUCAUAAGGCCGCUUACGUAUAGAAACAGGCACAUCAAUGCCUGCCAAACUCAGAUGGAAAGUCUUACAGCGUCCGGUAAGCUGAGGAACGUAUCCCAUUUACCAUCAAAGAACCAUGCUAACAACAUUUCCAUUUAAACCCUCCGAAGUUAUCUCCCAGAACAAAACAUCUAAAUGUGUUUUCAAAAGUAUUUGAUAUCCUAACAAGGCAUUCUUACUCUAGUAUAUACUUGAACCAGUUAGGUACAUUUUCUUUUUCAUUUCAAGGUAUUACUAGUGACUAGAUUUUAAAUGUUGUGAGCAACGUUAAAAGUUUUAAAGCAAUGACAUUAAUUGUUCCAACAUUUGUAUUUGGUGUCCCUCGUUUUCUAGAGAGGCCUUGAGACGGCUGGGUCUACACCAGUAGAAGCACCACUGUUUACAGUUAUGUGAUGGGUGUUCUUAAAAUUCCUUAUUCAUUUCUAGUGAAGCCUGCUUUUUUUAUUGUGUAUCACAAUGACCCAUUUAUUAUUAUUUUUCCAACUGAUCUAAGUCUGUCUGAAUUAUAGAUGUUCCUCAGAGAAAUGCGAUGGGAAAUACAGCCACGUCAGGGGUUUGGAGAGGCGAAGCUAUAAAUAAGUAGGUUUAAGGCAAGAUGUGACUAUGCCCACUACCCAGAGAAGAAAAAUUAAUGUUUAUCGUUUGAAGUGCAGUUUCCGGUGUAUUGAAGCAGGGAUAUCAGUAGGAAUCAAAAUUUGGGAAUGGCUACAAAAUACUGUUUCAAUUUUUGGUACCUGCAUUUUACAGUUUUACCAUAUUAAUGGAUGUUGGGGAGGAAGGAUUUAUGCUUCUUUGAAAGCAGUGAUGUGAGAAUUUCCAGAGAGCCGAGCAGAGCUGAGCCAUGUUUACUCCCUGUGGUUGUGCGAAGCCGCAGGGCAUUCAGCAGAGCGAAAAGCCCGCCCAGGACUCAGUCAACCUCAGCUGAGGGUGGUGGCAGGGACCUUAACAUCUACCUAUUGACAGCCGUAUUCUGCUCUUUGUGGAAACAGUAAGAUCUUGUGGAGGUUCCGGAGAGCUCUGCACUUUUAAAACGAGCAGGAUGGGCUCAGAUGGAGCACAGCUGAGCACUUUAAUUGUCCAUUAAAUGUUUACAAAGGUUAGCAACACUAUGAAAAAGGAACAAGAGGGGAAGAUACACUGCAGCUGUUAAACUAAACAAGCACACAGGUAAAAGCUUUUACCUUUGGUGAAAAAAACAGAUGGGGGACAUUCGGGCAUUUUCAGCAUCUCCAGAGUCCCUUGGUACCCUGACACACGCAGACUCUGAGAUGGAGAGCCGGCUGCCCUUGAACAGACCCGAGACGCCGGGUCAACCAUCCCUUCCAAAGACAAGAGCAUUGGACUUAUUGCCAACAGAGCAGCAACCCCAGUUUGCACCUUUGGUUUAUAUCAAUGAUGAUAUUAACCUGGAUACACGUGUGUGUGUGUGUGUGUGUGUGUGUGUGUGUGUGUGUGUGUGUGUAGCAACACUGUGAAGUGGCCAAUUAGGAAUACCUGAAUUAUAAUUUUGGGAGUAUGAUGGGGUGAAAAAUGCAGUCAUUUUCAAAGUUUAAUUUUCAUUUGUAUAUUUAAUAUGUGAGUACAUACAUGUUUUAUUGUGGAGGAAGUGAAGUUUUUUGUGUUCGCCUUUUGGAAGAUGUGUUGUGAUCAUUGUCAAGGUCACCUGAAAAGGUCACAGAUGAAUCAAUAAACAUCUUUAUAAUAUUUUGCAGAGGAAAUUACUUUUCUUCUAAAAAAGAAAGAGGUUUUGUUUUCUUUUUUGAAUAAACAAUUCCAGGAGUACUUCUUUCUUUAGCAGUUUAAUGGGCUGUUUUACCAGCAUUUAUCCUUUCUCUACAAAAUGGAGAUAAGCUACCCUGAUGAUGUUCAUGUUAAGUUAAAAAUCAACACUUCCUUGAUCUUCAUUGAUUUAGUCAUUGACACGUACAUUGUACCAGGGUUAGUGCUGAGGAAAAGAACACAUUUGACUCAGAGCUGGCCCAGGAGCCAUGGGGGACACAGGCUCCUACAAUUACAGUAGAGGGUAGAAAUCCCAAUAGCGAAUGUGCACACAGAGCUGUUAGAAGAGGAGGCCUUGACUAGAGGGGACGUGAAGCAUUGUCAGAGCUUUCAGUGAGAAGAUGCUAAGGCAAGAAUUGAAAAUGAGUAGGAAUUUUGACUCCAGUUCAAAACUGGACAACGGACACAAAGCUGUGAUUUACAUAAGAGGCGAUACAUAUGGUUAAUAAAUGCAGAAAAAUGUCCUGCCUAAUCAGAAAAGUGUGAAAUUAAAAUCAAAUUCUCAAGGACCAAACGAAGUAUGACUCUCAAUAACAGAGGCUCUGAUGAAGUAAGAGCAACACGAAUAUUGCCCUGGUGAGUUUGUCAGUGUGUCCACCUUUUCUUUUCUUGAUAGCAACCUGACAGUGUAGAUCAAGAGCCUAAAAGUGUUCUUUUCUACUGUUCCGGUCACCCCAACUUAGAAUUCUCUCCCAGAAAACUAUCAGAGGGGUGGGCACAGUUAUGUACAAAACUUCAUUUACAAUAGUUAAGAUUUGGAAACAGCCUAAGUGCCCAUCAGCAGAUGAGUGGAUUAAAAAACUGUGGUACACACAAUGGAAUACUAUGCUGCCGAAAAAAAGAAAGAACUCUUACUGUUUGCAACAACAUGGAUAGGCCUGGAGAGCAUUAUGCUAAGUAAAAUAAGCCAGUCAGAGAAAGAUAAGUAUCACAUGAUCUCACUCACUUGUGGAAUAUAAUGAACAACAAAACUCUUCUUUGUAGCAUUAUACAUAGUAGCAUGAAAAAUGAAAAGGAAACCAUCUAAAUGGCCAAAGCAAGGGUUAAACAAACUCUUUAGAAAUAUACACACACACAAACAUAUAUGAACGUUAUACAGCCAUUAAAUAAUGUUUUCAACUCAUUUAUGAAAAAUGAGAAGAAAGCUUGUAGUGCAAUAGUAGGUGAAAAAUAAAAGCAUGUUACAAACUGAGUAUGAUCCAUAAAAGUACAUAUGUAGAAAAUACCUUGAAAAAAAUAAAUGAAAGUGUGAACCAGUUA